AUGAAGAGUAAUAAAUAUGCAGAGAUUCCGAAUCUCGUCCAAGUAAUUGGGUGCAUCUUCAAGAACCCAAAGCUACUUGAGAGAGACGAUAAAUAUAAGUUCAAUGAACAAGACUUUUAUGAUGAAUUUCAUCAAUUAGUAUUUGGUUGUAUGUAUAAUCUUUGGCAAUUAGGUGCGAAAGAGAUUACACUUCCUGCUAUUGAAGAUUAUCUUACACAAAGACCAAAAGCAUUGGCAACAUAUAAAACCAACAAAGGACCUGAGUUCAUUCUUAAAGCUGCGGAAAUGGCUAAUGUCAAUACUUUUGAUUAUUAUUACAACAGAAUGAAGAAAAUGUCAUUACUUCGUGCAUAUGAAGAAAUGGGAAUGGAUUUAACUUGGCUAUAUAAUCCAGACGAAGUAAUGGAUAUGAAAAGGAAACAAGCACAAGAGGAUUGGUUAGAUAAUGCCACUCUUGCUGAUAUAUAUAAUAAAAUCAAUGACAAAAUUGAUAGCAUCAAGUUACAGUAUGUUGAAAAUGUUACAGAUGGCGGCUGUCAGAUUGGUGAAGGAAUUGACGAGUUCUUAGAGUCUUUAAAGGAAACUCCUGCAGUGGGAUAUCCUUUAUAUGGAGAUUAUAUCAACACAGUAACUAGAGGUGCUAGACUUGGAAAAUUUUUUCUUCGUUCCGCUGCUACAGGUGUCGGAAAAACUCGUAGUAUGAUUGCAGAUUGUUGCUAUAUUGGAUGUGACCAAAUGUAUAAUAUUUUUGAAAAUAAAUGGAUUACUAUUGGAAAAGGUCAAGAAUCAUUAUACAUUGCAACAGAACAAGAUUUACAAGAAUGUCAAUCAAUGUGUAUUUCUUUUAUUGCAGGUGUUGAUGAAGAGCAUAUAUUAAAAGGAUGUGCGGAACCCACCUUUGAUAUCUUUGAACUAGUUCGAAAAGUUAAAAGUCGAGAACUAGAGUGCGACUACCAGCUUCCGCAAGCUAUCCAAUAUGUGGCUCAAUAUUUUGGUUAUGCGCCAUCUGAAAGAGUUGAUGAAACUCCAACCUCUAUUGACGCUGACUUGCAAUAUUUAGAAAAUUAUGAUAGAAUUAGUAAUAUAGAGAUUUCUACUCAAAUAGUAGAAUUAAAAACAUAUGAUGGUGGUUUCCUCAAAAAUCUUCCACAUCCGAAGAUUCAGGCUUGGAUUAAAGAAGGAAUAACUCAGGAAGUUAUGGAUUAUCACGAUAUAUGUUAUGACCCAAAGAAUGGUGGCAUCGUAAUACCUCAUUAUGAUAUUGACCAUAGAUUAGUUGGUAUAAGAGAACGAACACUUAUUAAAGAGAAUGAAAUUUUUGCUACCGUACAGGUGCUUACAAAUAGAGGAAUUAAACCUGAGGAUAUUGGAAUUUACAUUGCUUCCACAAUGGACAAUGUAAGUAAACCUGCGGCGUUCGGUGAAGAAAACAUGAAACGAGGAGCUAGGAUGCUUAUGAGUCAUGUUGCCGCAAAUGAUGAUAUAUUAGUUAUUGUCGAUGCCGACUGUGAUGGUUUUACAUCUUCCGCAUUGUUGAUUAACUACUUAUCAGAUGUAUUUCCAGCUUUUGUUGAAAAUCAUCUUCAUUGGUUUAUUCAUGGCGGCAAGCAGCAUGGUCUUUCAGAUUGCUUAGACGAAGCUAUGAACUAUAAGUUAGUUAUUUGUCCAGAUAGUUCAUCAAAUGACUAUGAUUAUCACGAUGCUCUAUCCGAGCAAGGAAUUGAUGUACUAGUUCUUGACCACCACGAAGCUGACCAUAUCUCAGAAAAUGCUUGUAUUAUUAACAAUCAAAUGUCUGAUUAUCCAAAUAAGGAAUUAUCAGGUGUUGGAGUAACUUGGCAGUUCUGUCGAUACCUCGACUCACUGGGCGGCAAUACAUAUGCCAAUGACUACCUUGAUUUAGUUGCUCUUGGUAAUAUGGCAGAUAUGAUGUCAAUGACAUCAAUAGAAACAAAGAGUUUAAUCUUUGAAGGCUUCAAAGAUAAGAAUAUAACAAACCCAUUCAUUUUUGAAAUGAGUGAGAAAAAUAGCUUUUCAUUAAAUAAAGCAGAUUAUAAGCCUUCCGUAGAUAAUCAUUUGAAAAUUUCACCUAUGGGUGCUGCAUUCUUUAUCGCACCUUUUGUUAAUGCAAUGGUUAGAAGUGGUACUAUGGAGGAGAAAACAUUACUUUUCUAUUCAAUGCUUAAAACAAAAGCAUUUGAAAUGAUACCUUCAAACAAGAGAGGUCAUAAGCCUGGAGAUAUGGAAAGACUUGUAGACCAGGCAAUUAGAACUUGUACUAAUGUUAAGAACCGUCAGACAAGAGCUCAGGAUGCUGGAGUUGAACACUUAGAGCAUUUAAUUGUUGAGAAUAAUAUGCUUGAACAUAAAGUACUUUUAUUCUUACUUGAGCCAGGUGAAAUUGACAGAAACAUUGCGGGAUUGAUUGCAAAUAAGUUUAUGGCAAAGUAUCAGCGCCCUGUUUGUAUCUUAACAAAAGUAACAGAUAAUGAAACAGGUCAUGUAUCAUAUCAGGGUUCUGCUCGUGGCUAUGGUGCGGAUAUGAUGUUUAAGGAUAUGUGUGCGGAGGCCGGAGCCUUAUUUGCAGAAGGCCACCAGGGUGCUUUCGGUCUUGGACUGGAUGUGGGAUAUCCUAAUGAUGAGAACCAGGCAGAAGUAGCUGGCGAUGGAUUAUAUCAGUUUAUUGAGAGAACUGAUGAAGCUCUGAAGGAUAUGAGCGGAGAGCCUACAUAUUUUGUAGAUUAUAUUUGGGAUGCUUCCGCAGUAGACGGAGAGAAGAUUUUAGAAAUCGCCAAUAUGAAUGAUUAUUGGGGUAAAGAUAUUGAUAGAGCAAUGGUAUUGAUUAAAAAUAUUACAGUUGACUCUGAUACAUUCAAAGUAAUGAAAUCAAAUACUUUGAAAUAUAGUCUCCCUGGCGUGGAUAUUAUCCAGUUUGGUGGAACUGAUGAAGAAGUUGAAAUGUUCGGAACCGGAGUUCAUACAAUCAAUGCGGUUUGUAAGUGUGCAGCCAAUGAGUGGAAUUGGCAGAUUGACCCUCAGCUUAUUAUGGUUGAUUAUGAACUUGUCGAUAAAGAACCUACUGUAUUAGAUUGGGGAUUCUAA